UCAAUAACAACAUAAUAUUAUUUUUCCCAAGGCUUAUUCACUUUUCAGUAGUGUUUGGAAAAGAAAUGAUGAGUUGGACAGUUGCAGAUGCUGUUAACUACAAGGGUCUCCCUGCUGAUAGAACUAAAACUGGUGGUUGGGUGCCUGCUGCUCUUGUUCUUGGAAUUGAAAUAAAUGAAAGGCUUUCAACAAUGGGAAUAGCAGUAAAUCUUGUUACCUACUUGGGUGGUACAAUGCAUUUACCAAGUGCAGCAUCAGCCAAUAUAGUCACAGAUUUUAUGGGCACAGCUUUUCUCCUCUCAUUACUUGGAGGUUUUCUAGCUGAUUCAUUCCUUGGAAGAUACAAAACCAUCGCGAUCUUCGCUCUUAUACAAGCACUGGGAACUGGCAUGUUAACUGUGACAACAGGGUUGCCACAGUUAAGGCCACCUACUUGUCAUCCUCAUGACAAGUACUGCGAACCGGCAAAUGGAUUUCAGAUGGGAAUACUGUACUUGGCUUUGUAUCUAAUAGCAUUAGGCACUGGUGGAUUGAAAUCUAGCGUGUCUGGAUUUGGCACAGAUCAAUUUGAUGAGAAAGACGAAAAGGAAAAAUCACAAAUGGCGUAUUUUUUCAAUAGGUUCUUCAUAUUUAUAAGUAUUGGAACGUUGGCAGCAGUUACUGUGCUUGUUUAUGUUCAGGAUGAAGUUGGAAGAAGCUGGGCUUAUGGUAUUUGUUGUAUAUCUAUGGUGAUUGCGAUUAUUAUCUUCUUCUCCGGUACUAAAAGGUAUCGGUACAAGAGAAGUUCAGGAAGUCCUAUAGUUCAAAUAUUUCAAGUGAUUUUGGCUGCUACAAGGAAAAGGAAGAUGGAUGUUCCGUAUGAUGUUGGUAUGUUAUACGAGACGAAUCCAGAGGGCUCAUCAAGGAUUCAACACACGGAUCAAUUUCGGUGUUUGGACAAGGCUGCUAUUGUAGCACAAGGCGAUUUUGACGAUCACGAUUUGAAUCCAAAUCCAUGGAAGCUGUGCACGGUUACUCGCGUAGAGGAAGUUAAAAUGAUGGCUAGGUUGAUCCCAAUUUGGGCUACAACUAUACUUUUCUGGACAACUUAUGCACAAAUGAUCACAUUUUCAGUGGAACAAGCUGCUACUAUGGAACGUAACGUUGGCAAAUUCAAAAUCCCAGCAGGCUCUCUUACCGUCUUUUUUGUCUCUGCAAUUUUAAUCACUUUGAUUAUUUAUGACAGAUUCAUCAUGCCACUAUGGCAGAAAUUGAAAGGAAAACCAGGUUUUACUAGCCUUCAAAAAAUAGCUAUAGGACUUGUGUUAUCUACAAUGGGAAUGGGAAUAGCUGCAUUAGUUGAGAUGAAAAGGCUAUCAGUAGCAAAGUCUACGGGGCGUAACCUAUCAACAUUACCUAUUAGUGUGUUCUACUUGAUCCCUCAAUUCUUUCUAGUUGGAGCAGGGGAGGGAUUCAUAUACACGGGGCAACUCGAUUUCUUCAUAACACAAUCACCAAAAGGGAUGAAAACUAUGAGCACUGGUCUUUUCUUAACAACACUUGCUCUUGGUUUCUUUGUUAGUAGUUUUUUAGUUUCUAUUAUCAAGAAGGUUACUGGAAGCAAUGGGGGUCAUGAUUGGCUUGCUGAUAACAUAAAUUAUGGAAGGCUUGAUUGUUUUUAUGGACUUCUAGCUAUAUUGGGAGUUAUAAACUUUGUGUUGUACAUAAUUUGUGCUACAUGGUUUAAGCCAAGGAAAGAUAAAUACAUGGAGACUAUCAACAAUGGAAAUGUUGUUGAGGACAAGUGCUAGGGUUUAGUUUAUAAAUGGUCUCAAUUUAUUGCCUUUGGUGUUGAUUGUAUCAUUUCACUUUCCUUUGGUAUGUGACUUUUUACUUUUGAUAAUAAUGUCUAUUUCGUGUCACACUGUCUUUGUAAUACUUUGAACGCGAAAAUAAUAUCUUAGAUGGUCGCUCUUUAACUCAAAAA